CGCAGCUCAAAAGCUGUCUCCGGGAAUCUCCGACCGAAGUUCCUCUUUUCGUCCAGCCCGCCUCUUCUUGGCAACGCAGGUGGGGCUCGGAGGGAACAGCCCCUUUCUCUGCCAUAGGAACGGAAGCGAGCGACGCUGCCCCCGCUUUCCUCCGCCCUGCGGCCCUCUCGCCUCGAUUUUGUCCUGGCUCCCGUCAAAACACCAACUCCCCCUUCCCGAGAGACAGAGAGGCGGAGCGGGGAGGGGAGACAUGGGGCUCGCGCGGCCCUUUGCCGUCUUGGCGCUCUUGGCUUUGACCUUCUGCGGUAGGCCUGCUACUGGCACGGAGGAACCGCAGCCUAAAGUGCCUCUACCAACAAAUGUUGAAAUAAAAACAUAUAAUUUCAAUACCUCCUUACACUGGAAUUACCAAAGCAUGUUACCAGAGCCUCUCUUUACUGUGCAAAUCCUGUGCUAUGGUCACAAUUACACAGAAGUAAGUUCUUGUGUAAAUGUAUCACAACAUUACUGUGACCUCACCCACAAGAUCAAUAAGGGAUGUUUUUCAUUGUGGGCAAGAGUUAAAGUUCUUGUUGGAUCACGUGAAUCUGAAUAUAAAGAGAGUAAAGUAUUUCGUCCAUUCAGGGAUGCCCAAAUUGGACCACCAAAGUUUAACCUCUCUGUUAUGGAUGAUGGAAUUAUAGUUGAUAUUGAGCAUCCUCUCACGCCAUAUCAUGGGAAGGACCCACUUAGUGUGAAGGAAAACCUCACUGAUUUUACCUAUAAAGUAUUCCUUUGGAAACAGGCAAGUCCACAAAAGUAUGAAAUGUUUGAACCGGAGCCGGAGGACUGCGACAUGGAAGUGUGUACUGUGUAUCGUCAGGCUCUUUUGGGGUUCACAUACUGUGUUUCAGUUCAAGGAAUUUCAGAAUUCUAUUCACUGAGUGGUGAAGUAUCAAACGCCAGCUGUAUUAUUCUUCCUUCAAGACAUCCAUUAGGCACAAUGGGAGCUAUCAUAGCAGGAGUUGUUGUUUUUGUUGCGGCUGUUGUGGUUCUUGCAAUAUUGUUGGUACAUAUAUGGACUAAGCGGAGAAACAUUCCACUGCCCAAAUCUCUGGUUUCUAUAGUAAGAAGCAUAAAACCUGUCAACAGCUUUGAGACAAAAACAGAUGGGAAAUACGCUACUAUAUCAUCUUUAUCUUAUAAGCCAGUGUGUGAAGAUGGAAAACCAAUGGAACCGAUAGAUCACUUAACAGAAGUUGAGACCAGUGACCUUGAGGACUCUGGCAAGAUUGUUAUUGAAUCCCAGACCAUCCAGGAAGCCAGAGGUGAAGAAAGCUGUGAGAGUGAACAAAACCGUGAAGCCAGUGACACUUAUUUUAAAUCUGUCAGUGGCCAAGAAGAAAUGUGCAACAAUCUUCCAAAUGGGGAUGUUCACAAAGCAGAUGUACAACAACCCAUAGACCUAGAAGCAUGUAGAAAGGUGUCUGGAUACGACAAGCCUCACUGGUUACAUUCUGAAUCAUCAGUUGCUUAGAUGCCCACUGAUGAGUUAGAAGCCACAGAGGAAAGUAUAACUGUCAGGAGAAUCUGUUGAGGUAAUGCUUAACGUCUGAUAUACUAAAUGUGGGUACAAAACCGUAUCGGCUGAAUGAGCUUUCCAUGACUUUUAGACAUGAGAGAACCAAGUACUCAAUGGAGCGAGUUCUGUGGUAACCUCUUGUGUAUGUGGAGGUCUCUUCAAUUGAAGUGAAUGGAUUAGCACAUAAGACUGCUAUGUAUUGAUCUGCUUUCUGCAAGGAAGCAUUUGCAAAAAAAAAUACACUCCUUCUGUCUUUAUUGUUGUUGUUCAGUCGCACA